AAACAAAAAAAACCAAUGAGGACAGAGUAAACUGUAGCUGCAGGAGGGUUUCGGGACAGUCUCAGACACACGCGGUGAGUAAAAUAAUUAGACUAGUUAGUCCAACGCUGAAGGUGACAGUUCAGGGUGUGUUCACAUCCCCAGUCAGUUAACCCAACUUGAAUUUGAUUUCAUCCAAACGGUGCAUUUUUAUGUAUGAAGCAUGGAAUGCCCAAAUGUACCUUUGUGUAAAUGUCAAUAAAAUAGCCAUGGGUGUGUUUUGCUCUUUACCAUGGUGCACCCUGAAUGGAAAAGCACAGUAAGUGGAAAAUCACUGCUGUGUUAGUUAAGGUGUGUCACCUCCUAGUGCACAUGGUACCUCUGCUGCUGCUGCUGCUGCUGCUCCUGCCAGGCCCUGGAUACCCUCCACAGCAGGGUUUUCCUCCACAGUACGGCGGUCCAGCAUAUGGACAUCAGCCGUACCCGAUGGCCCAGCAGUAUCCAGCUCAGCCCGACACCGUCACCGUCCAGCCCAUGGUGUUUGUGUCUGCGGGCCCUCUGGCCAACCCUGUCAACGACUACCUGUGCUACUCCAUCUUCACCCUGCUGUGCUGCUUCUGGCCGCUCGGAGUUGCCGCCCUCGUCUACUCCAUCUCAACCCGGACGGCGAACCAAGCCGGCGACCAGGUGAUGGCGGAGCGGAACAGCAGGACGGCGAGGACACUGAACCAUGUGGCUGUGGGGCUCGGUAUCGCGUUCUUAAUCCUCACCGUUCGUUAUAUACACGUUUUGUUAUAGAAAUAGUGCGUUUCAACAGUCAAUAAGUUAUUGACAUGAAAAACAUUUUCCAAAUCUGAUGCUUUUAAAUUUCAGCCUUAGCAGUCUUACUGAUGCUCUACCAUACAUGCAGUCUUCAAAUGUUAUACAAAGAGAGUUUCAUAUCACCAUAAAGUACCUUUUGGUGUCCUCAUCAGAAUCAUUAAGUUAUCAUUAAAAUAGUACAGAAUAAUGAAAAAUGUAGGUAUUAUCACACAUUUCCAUACAUUGACACACACAUCAGCUCAAAGACAAAUUUCUUCAAGUGUCUUUCACUAAUUUUAUACCAUUUUCUUUGGUUGGGUGUAUCUGCUGUUGCCAUGUCCCACACUCUGGUCUGAUAACUUCAUGUAAUAAGACAUUCAAUGAUACAAAAUGAAUAUACGUUUUAAAUGUUCUUGUCAAUCUUACCAAGUUCUUGGGUAAAAGAAGACACAUUGAUUUUUUUUUUCUUCUCAUUUUAUAAUUAUAUGUAAAAUUUUGUACACAUCCCUCAAACU